GUCUCCGCUGCUGCGUCAUUUGCGCGCCGCCACGCUCCUGAUGCACUUCUUUUCCCGAAAGGCUAUAGAUAGAUGUUUCGAUUUCAGUCCCUGGAUGAUGACUGUACGCUGGAGGAGGAAGACGAGGGACAGGUAGAAGAGGAAGAUGAAAUCGAUCAGUUCAAUGAUGACACAUUUGGAGCUGGGGCCAUCGAUGACGACUGGCAGGAGGAACACAAACGCCUGGCUGGGCUCGAUGAGAAUGUUGGGCUAGGAGCAGGAGGAGGAGGAGGAGGAGUGAUGGGAAGAGAAUCAGAUUUAGGAGGUGCGGAGGACAUAACCUCCACCCGUCUCUCAACGUCUGCGGGCCGUCAUCCCCUUCCCUCUUCCCUUCCCUCACUCAAUUUCUCGUCUUCCUCUGUACUGCCUCCACAAGAUGUAGAGGAUCGAGGAGGAGGAGGGGGGGACUUGGCCGAGUCCCUGGCCAGGCUCAUCCUGGAAGCAGACCCGGCCAUCGCUGGCGUUGGAGCCACUGAGAGGCCCGGUCAGUCCCUGAGCUCCACAGGAUCCAGUAUAUCUGCUCUGCAUGGACUGGAGCGACCCACAGUUCUGCCCCAGCUCUCCUCCAUCCCUCAUCCAACUCACUCACACCAGGCUCAUCACCCCCAGCACCAGCUGCCUCCAGGACCCUCCACCUUAGGCCCCCCCUCUGGUCCUCCUCCACCAUCAUCAAUGCUCAGCUAUCAACAGCAGCAGCACUUGCUGCACAGAGGGUCUGCUCCUAUUGGCCAGAUUAACUCUCAUAGUAUUUGGGAGAGCAACAUGGGGUUCGGGCCCGUCAGUGUCACCCCUGCACUGACUACACACAUGGAGGACAGUCCAUUAAUGUCUAUAAUCAAAGAGGUGGGUCUUCCUAAAUUACCUCCUCAUGGGCGGAAUGAUGAAGGGCGGGAUUUGUCUGAGAGGGUUCCACCUCCGCGCUCUUCUUCCCCUGUGAUUGGCUCUCCUCCAGUACGAGCUGUGCCUAUUGGUACCCCGCCCAAGCAGCCAAUGAGCCACAGUCUGAACCAUCAGACCCACCAUCCCACAGCUGUUCAUGUGAGAGCUCCGGUCCAGCACAGAUACCCACCUCCUUUCCCUGAGCGUCUGUCUCCAAACACCCUCCUCAAUAUAGCUAACUCCCCGCUGUGUCGCAAUCCCUUCCCUCCUGGAGUCGGACCAGUUCUGUCUCAGAUUAAACGGGCCCAGCUGCUCAGCUCUCAGGUGGCUGGUUUUGCCCGCGGAGGACCAGCGCCGCCAUUGUUACCAGGUGGUGGUGGUUUCCGGCCCUUCUUCGGCGGCCCUCCUCCCCCGCACAGUCACCGAAUGGGCCCAAUGCCCCCUCAUGGUCCCCCCAACCACACACCACCCAUCAGGCACAACACCACCCACCUUCACCCUCAGCAUCGCCGCAUGCUCACCCAGCGCAUGCAGAGCAGAGGAGGGGAUCGUAGCAGGACUGGAGGGGACCGUCGCAGCAGGGACCCCUACAGUAAUCUUAUGACCCAGAAAGAAAAGGAGUGGGUAACCAAGAUCCAGAUGAUGCAGCUACAAAGUACAGACCCUUACCUGGAUGACUACUACUAUCAGAAUUACUAUGAGAAGAUGGAGAAACGUCAGGAGAGAGAGAGAGACAGCAGCAAGAAGGAACACACCACCAAACUCAUCACCCCGCAGGUGGCCAAGGUUGAACACACCUACAGACCAGUUCAGUUUGCAGGCUCUUUAGGAAAGUUGACCGUCUCUAGUGUCAACAACCCCCGCAAGAUGAUCGACGCUGUGGUGACGACGCGUACAGACGAUGAGGAGAAAAGAGACAAGCAGGUGUGGAAUAAGAGGAGACAGAUUCUCUACACUGUGGAGAAGAUGUACAGUUUGCUGCUGGAGGUUCAAGACUUUGAGAAACGGUUUGUCCAAGCACCAGAAGAGGACAGGGAGGCACUGCUGGAGCAGCACAAGACCAACACAGUGCAGCUGUGCAACUCUCUGCGGGAGAAGGAGUGGGACGACAGAGUCAGUGAUGAGCAGUGUGUGAUGAUAAUGUCUGUGAGGAAGGGCAAGCGGCUCAUAUCCAGGCUCCUCCCCCUCCUGGCCUCACCACAGUCCAGCGCCAUUGUCAUGGCGAUUGCGCGCAACCUUCCUGCCCUGGCCAAGAAGGACAAGCAGGAUCAGGUGCUGUGCUGGUUAGUGGAGCCUGUUUCCACGGUGAUUCAGUCACUGUCGAGCUCUGCCCUCACAGACUUGCUGCAGGAGCUUCAAGGCAGCGACGGCCAACUGGUCACAGUCCUGCAGAACAAGUUUGGUGUGACACUGCUGUAUCUCAUCCUGAGUGAAGGAGAGAAGAUGCAAAGCUCAGACCCCAACUGUCAACUGAUGGAUGACAAUCGAUGGACCGAGCUGGUGUUUUCAGUCACGAGGGAGUUGCUCAGUGUCCCGUCCUCGUCCCUCUCUGCUCCUCUCUUCACCCCCACCAACCUGCUCUCGCUCUUCUCUCGUUAUGUGGAUCGUCAGAGACUCGAGCUGUUACAGAACAAGCUACAGAUCACUGCUCUGUCCAGGUAGAAGUUACCACAGACAUCAACACGACCCCCUUCACACUCGAUGCAGACUUUUGUUUUUGUGUGUCAGAGGUGUGUGUGUGUGUGUGUGUGUGUGUGUGUACUGUGUGUGUGUUUGCUUCUGGUAAAUCCAUGGUGGAUCAUUUUAAUCCAGCUGAAUUACUUGUCACUUGUUUUUCUUUGUGUUUAGUUUCUGAUCGGUGUGUGUGUGUGUGUGUGUGAGAGAGAGAGAGAGAGAACAACAACACAGUGUGUGUGUGUGUGUGUAAGAACUCUACAGUCUGAAUGACUAUUAAAAAAUGAAAUCUGCAUUUUUAAAUAUCUUGUUUACGAUUAUGCCUGUGAUGAACCUUCAAAUUAAAAGUAUUUCUAUUAUA